AACUGGAAUGUUUUCACAUUUCUGAAUAGCGGAAGAAAAGAAUCUCUGAGCUUUGGCUCCACAUUCUUGGAUAUUGAUGGUCUUUUCCUCUUCCUCUGUGUGUGGGGAGUACUGCUUUUGCUCCUGAGGUGUCUGGUUGGGAUUCCAUUUCCUUGUUGGAGAACCAAACCCAUCCACAAGUUAAGGAAUCCCAGGGAGCCUUCAACCCAGAUUCUUAGGGUUUCCAUUGCUAAUCUCAAUUUCCCAGAGGGUUUGGUACGGCCAAUGACACAACUCGAUUGGGAAGUGUAAAGAAAGAUUGGACGGUCACUCCUGUAGGAAAGAGAUGUGGCAGGCCUAAAGGUUAAGGAGGGACGAAGGUUUCUUAUUUGAAACUCACAAGCUAACUGAAGCAUUGGCAGGUCUUGGGUAAAAUACCACUCAUGUUGCUGUGGAACACGUACAAGACUUCAGGGUCUAUUUCUUGGUUCCCUGUAGGCAAAAACAUUCAAGAGGACUGGGGAAUUUGAGUACAUAGGUGAUCCUGAGAGUAACUGUCAGGGUCCAAGUAAAAAUUCCUGGUAGACAUGCACUUCUCAGGCGGUCUAACUGGUAAGACACCAACCAAGUUCUCUACAAGGUCAAGGGGGACUCAAUAAUGGAACAAGUGGAAAAGUACAUAUACGGAUGUGUAUGAUAUGAUGAAAGGAGGAUAUUAGGAUUGCAGGAUAGGAAGGAGACCUGAAGUACUGAGGUAGGAUGUAAAGAGUUCUUUGGGGUGGCAGGUGAGGGAGAGGCUGCCAACACCCUCCUGAUUGUUCCCUCCCACACCCUCAGAAACCAUUUGUGACUCCUCAGUGCUCUGUGCUGUAAGCCUGUGGACUAUAUAUAUUGCAUCUGCACACUCAGAGCUCAGUUGCCUACAGGCAGCAUUGUGAUUCAGAAAAAGGAUUUUCAAAACGGGAAUGUUUUCCUUUUCUGAAUCGCGAUACUGAACCAUGUCUGAGCUCUGUCUCUACAUGCUUAGAGACUGACCCUAACUUUACCUGUCUGUUUAUGUGUAUGGAGUGCUCCUUCUGCUCCUCUUCUAUCUGCUGGGGAUUCCUUUUCUACAUUGGAGAACCAAAUAAUCCAUCCACAAUUUAAGGAAUUCUGGGGGAGCCCAUCAACCCAGAUUAUUAUGGUUUCCAUUUCUUAUCCCAACUUCCAAGAGUGUGGUAAGAUCAGAGAGACACUUAAGAUGGGAAGUCUAAGGCUAUCUGAUGUGGUGGCGAGUCUUCAAUAAAAUCCCACACUCAGGGAUUCUCUCAUCCUACAUUGUGUUAUUUAGAGAGUAUGGGAAUCCAUAUGACAGAAGAAAGCUCUGUAGCUCCUGACCAUGAGUCACAUUCCCAUAUCAGGCAUUAGUCGACCAAGUCUUCCUUUGUGUUGGGCGAUCUGGAGCACAGUGUUGAGUGUCUGCGAACAGACUGAAGUCAGAGCUAUGUCAUAGGACACAGGGUCCUGCCCUGAGGGAACACAGAUGUGAGUUCAGGCUUCAGGUUCUAUGUCCUCCUUGAUCGAAGGACUUCUGACUGAGAAUAUCAGCUGUGGGCCUCACAAAGUCGUCCUUUCAAUUAUCCAGGGGUCAGGGCAGAGCCAAGAGGAGGAGGAAAGGCGGGCCACUGAAAGACUACAGAUGCUACCAGGGAGAAGUGGAGAAGACACGGAAACUUCUCGCUGUUUUAAGAAGCGUCAGGGAAGAACCAAGAGGAGGAGGAAAGGCCGGCCACUGAAAGGGUGGAGAACUUGUCAGAGCGAAGUAGAGGCGGCAAGAAAGGUGCUUUCUCUUCUGCAGAGCCCCCUAGGCCGGCAUCAUGAUACCACCCACUUUCGUCAUCUGUUAUGUCCAGACCCCUCCUGUGAGGUGUGUAAUAGCACAACUGCUGAGGUCAAUCGUCUGCUGUUCCCAGAUGCCCUGGAAGAUGCUACUCCCUCUGUGAUCCCCUUGGAUUCCACAGCUCCUGUGAUUGACUCGUCAUUCACUCCUGUCCCUCCAGGAGACCUAGUGUCUGCCCCUUUGCCUGAACUUUCCCCAAAACCCCCUGCUGUCUUCUCACCUAGCCCAAUGAUCCCGUUAGCUCACUUUUUCUUACCCUCACCACCCAAUCAUUCUCUGCCCCUAGAGCCAAAAGCCUUGGAAUCUGAAUUCCUAGCAGACCAUUCCACUUCACCCCAACCUUUUGCCUUUCCCUCUCUCCUACCACAUGACACUCAGAAUGGAGAUCUUAUUGUCCAACCAGAGGCCACUUUACCUCUGAAUACCAUCUCCCCUUUUGACUCCACCAUUUCGCAAGAUAUUAACCUCUUACCAAAUCUGUCCCAGAAAAUGAAUCCCAUUGAUUCAUUCUCUUGUCUUCAUGCACCACAAACCCUGUCUGUUUCACCACCGCCAGACUGCACUUUAGCUGUGACUCAAUCUAAAUCAAUUCCUGUCUCACUGAAGCCUGUUCCUGAGAAUGUGUUUCCAGAUAGCCCUGGCGGGUUGUCCACCUGUGUCCCAACAAUCAGAAGUAGUGACCGUCCAAAACCGUCCAUUUCAGAAUUCUCCUGUUGGCAGGCUCAUGCCAACAACAUGUUCUUCCCCAACAUCUCACACUCUGAUUUUCAGCAAGAGCAAAACCAUCUAACAGAAACCUAUCUCUGGAGAGACUCUGCCGUCAAGCCAAAGCAGGCCAGUGGAUUUUCUUUCCCUGGCCCUAACUUCCAGGAAUUCUUAGAGACACAAAUGAAAAGGAGAAUGGCCUGCCAGAUUUCAGAGAAGAAAAAAAGAGAGGAGGGACCAUUUUCCAAACACAUGUGUUCAGAAUACCAAUGGACAUCUUUAGGGAAUUCUUUGCAGCCACAUGAUGUGCAGGUCACUACAGCCCCCAAAACUGGCUGGAACUCUGAAGGCAGACCAGAGCAGCUGCCUUUUUGUCAGCAGCUCCUCUAUGUCAAGUCUCUGGGAGGAAACUUGCAUCAGAAAUACAGCCAGCUCUUCUGGGGUCUUCCCUCUUUGCACAGUGAGUCCUUAGUAGCCACUCUCCUGGUUUCUAGUAGUACUUCCCCACUAGAGUCUCACUUUGUCUUAUUCAAUGGAAUUCAUAAUACCUCUACAGUCGAAAUGCGGGAACAAGAUUCUCCACCACUUCCUCAUUCCCAUCCCAUUCUUCUGCCCAGUGUACAUCCCCCAGCCUUGCUUCAAUCCCUGUCCCAAUCCCAACCCUUCCCUUACACUCAGGUGAACCCCCAGGCCCACUUUCAAUCCCACCUCCCAAUCCUACCAUCUUCUUCUUCAGCCCAGAUAAGGGACUGUGGGGUAUCUUUCCAUCGAUCCAAUAAUGAGUCAGACUCUCAUAUCUUGACUGAAAAUCAACACCUGGAAUGGUACGUGUUGCAGAAGCAACAGGAAAGCCUGUGGGGUUUAGUCCCUGUGUUCCAAAACCCCCCAGAAAUCAUUUUUCCUCAAGCUCCCAACUUUCCAUUGGUUAGCUGGUCACCCCAUGCCUAUGUCCCAGUCUCAAUCCCUCCUGGCCAUUUUCAUAUCGCCUGUGAGCCCCAGAAGACCCUGGAGUUACAAAGGCCAAGGAAGGUAAUCCCACGCUGGUGCCUCCACGCCUGUAGAAAUCUAGAGUCUCUAGCACUGAUGGGGCCUCAGUGUAAACUAACAGUAAUGUCUCAGCAAAAGGGCAGACAUGUUCACUCACAAUUCUCUGAGCUUCAGGCCUAUAGUAGCAAGGAUCUAGCAAAGACUGAAUGUAGUCUCCCAAGAAGUUUCCAUGAGAGGCUCCCAACAAAGUUCCCGCUAAGGAAGGACCUGAGGAGGAAUCUUGGGUAUAUCCUAGAGAAGAGCCCAGAAGACAGCCCACAUAGGGUCUCAGAAUGCUAUCUAGGGAAGGGUCCGAGGGCUGCCCUGGAGACAAAAAGUAACUGUAGGUGUCAUUCAAGGAAUCACUCAGGGAAUGAAUUAUUAAAUGUCUCAACAAUAGACACAGACCAGAAUCACACGAAAAACAUCCUUAGAUUACAUAUGAGCAGGAAAUUUUGGCAGAUCACUGCAGGGAGGAUUCCUAUAGGUGUGUGCUAUUCAUGGCUGGCUGAUGACAAUACAUUGCCUUUUUCUGGGAGUUUUCAGACUGAGACAGAAAACACAAAUUCAAAAAAGACAAUGAUGAAUACAGCUUAUUGCCAGAUUACCCCUCUAGAGCUUCCUUUUCUUGAUCCCAGAAUGCGACAGAUGCUAGAGACCCAUAUUAUAAGAUUUCGCAUGAGUCAGAGGUGGGGUCUACCUCUCAGGGUUCUUAAAUCCAUAAAAUCCAUAGAUAUGUUGAGGAAAGCCAAAACAUGGCCUGUUCCCCAAAGUGCCUUUUCCUCCUCAGCCAUGCUUAUUUCUGGGGUGGAUUCCAAAGCUGAGGUUUCUAAAGCCCUUGAGGGAAUCUCUAAACCUAUUUUUGGAGACAGGGUGAGAACAACAAAUUCAGCCCUCACCCUUGAUCGUCCUCUCCCUGCUAUGCCAUCUGUAGGCAGUGAAGGACAGGGGGUCCUGAAGGGAUCACACUCGGACACUGAUCAUAAGUUUGCAGAGGAUAUCCAGACAGCCGAGGGUGGCAGCCAUAAUUUUCAAUCCCUUACACACAACAUCAAAGUUCAAGUGAGACCCAGUGAGACUACAUCAGACAACACAUGUGGCCCAGAGUUGUCCAUGAGGCAAGCUGGGGCUGGACAUGAGCCAAAGGAUGAAGACCUGAGUUCCAGCGACAGAGUAGAAACAGUUGAGGGCAAAGUGAUGUUGGAGAAGAAUUUAGAACAUUUUGCUAUGUCCAACUUGUCCAGGGGUAUAUCUGACACCAAGGAGCUCGGUACUCUUCAAUCCCAAUCUCGUGACACCCUGACAACCAGUGAAGAGUUGGGAAUCUCCAAAAUGAUAAAUGUCAAUAUGAGUAAGGUAGAAACUGCCCUGACCAAUGAAUAUCCCUCACCAAAUGUACUGGUUCCCCAACAUUAUGAACUAUCAGACGUUAAAAGCCUGCUCCUUAGUGAGUUAAAGUGCAAACUGGACACCGGGGAGCAUAACCAGGCUCAAGGUCAUCCCACGAACAUGGCCAUUACUUCAAAUAGCUUGACUUCCAAGGGCUCACUGACUCAGUCCCAGAGUGUCUGCAGCAGGGACGUGGAAGCUUCCCAGAUGCUGCAUGUCCAUCUGGAGGAUGAGAGGAUGAGCACAGAGCAGCAGCAUGAGUCCUGGGAUUCCAGGCAAACCUCAUGUCAGUGCCAGCCUAACAAUUUCCCACAGACAAAUAGUGCAGAGAAAGUGAGACCUCAGGGUUCCAAAGCACGAAAACGUAAAGGUGUGGUUUCAGGAGUAGGGACACCUGUAGCCAGAAAAGAGAACCACUGUGUUGAGGACGCAAAAUUAGACAGUGCUUCCCCAUCUCCGUCACAGAAGAAACAGCUUCCUCGUGAACGUUACCUCGGAGAAAUGAUGAGGCAAUGUUUUCAGUGGUUCAGUUCCAAGAAAAAAAUGAUAGGGCAGGAAAGUCCCCAGCCAAAAGCCAAGUUCAUGUCAGCCUUCGUGCAGCACCAAGGCCUAGUUGAAAGUGUGGCUACUUCUGUGAGUGAUGUGCCUCCUGAAGCUCACAAGCCCAUGACUACCACUGGGAAGAUUCUAGAAGAGAAGAUGGAAUGGAGGUAUGAAUCUGAGGCCUUAGAGGUAAGCCAGCAGCAAGAGGAACUAGAGGCCCAGGUAGUGCUUGACCCACAGCAUGAGAAACAGGCAAGUAUCAAGACCUGCAGUGAAGAUGCUGUCGCUGCUGACCAGGGAUGUCUUACAAGUAUCCAACGCAACAGAGACAGGGCCGGACAUCCCCAGAAAGCUGUGAUCUUCAAGGACCAGCUAUCGGGCCAGAGUAAACCCCCUUCUUCUCUCUCCCUCGGGGAGCCUGUGCGUCAAGCAUGCCAGGUCCUUCCGGCCACCCUCAGCCCUGGUGAAAGUACUGUGUUUAGUGAUUUGACUCUUCUACUCAAGCAGAAAAUGCUUCACCAGCACUUCCAGGAAGAAGACCUUCUUUAAAGAAAUCAUUCCAUCCUUGUUGAGAAAGCCUCACAGUUUUCAUGUCAAUAUGUCCUCUGAUGAGAACCACUUCAGCCCAACGAAUAAUAUUAAUCCUCCUCAAUAAAGGUUUCUUUAAAUA